CUUUAUGCACUCUGAAGUGAAAAUAUAUUUUCAUUUUUCUCUUUUAUUGAACUAUAAGAUAUAGCCCUAAAAUUUGCCAAUUUUACAUGUGAGUGUUACAAUUAACGUGUUCUGCACAACAGAAUUUCUUUUUACACAUUCGUAAUAAUCAGGGUUGAAAAAUUUUACUCUGAAUUGUGUAACUUUCUUUAGAAUUACUUAAAGAACUCUUCCAUGGCUGAGGAAGAAGUUGAGGAAAAGAAACAUAAGAAAUCAGUUAGACAGUAUGCCCGAAAAGUGUUGGGAGAAUCAUCUGUGAGUGCUGUUUCAGAGAUUAUUUCAACGAACAGCCUGCCUAGAAAGGCAUUCAAACUUAUAAUCUUUUUAGUUUUUACCAGCGCUUUUCUAUAUCAGGUCAUAAAAUUUCUUACAUAUCUUUAUGAAUAUCCAACAGUAGUAAAUAUUGACUUAAGUAACCCCGAUGAAUAUAUGGCUCCAGCUUUUACGAUGUGUAACAGCCAAAUAGUUAGAAGAAGUAAAUAUUGUGCUAAGUAUCCUAAUAGAUGCAUUCCAACAGAUAAAGAAUUUUGUGAAGAAUAUAGCCAGUAUUGCAGGACUUCGGAUGUUAGAGUAAAAAAAGAAUUUUACUGGCAGGCCACUGAUCAUAAUGAUGUACUUCAGAUGGGAUAUAGUCUAGAAGAUAUUCUACAAGAUACCAUCGCUUCUGAUGAAUACAAAAAACUUUCAUUUUCGAAUACAUCGUUAUUGAGAGUGCGACAUUUCAAUGAUACUGAUUUGGAUGUUUAUUCUCUGUGUCAAGCAUUUAACUCCAUUGUUCAAAGCCCAAAAAAUCCCAUACUUGUCAAAAAGUCCGAAUUUUAUGACAGGGAAGUACGAGGAAAAGUUCUGAGUUUUAUUCUUGACCCACAUGAAGAAGAUGCAUUUGAUCCAGAUAUUUUGCCAGGGAUAUACUUCACCGUUCACUCACCAUAUGAUGCUGUCAAUCCUUUUCAAAUAGGUCACUACAUGCUACCUGGAAGGAAAUACAAAAUCACCAUACGUUUGAAAGAAGAACAGCUGCUUCCAUAUCCUUACAAAACAGAUUGCAAUGACUACAUUGGAAUGUGGAAUAAAAAUAAUAGAGCUGGACCACGAUCGAAGGCGAUGUGCAAGCAGAAGUGUAUCAUGGACUUCAUGUCUAACUGUAUCAACUGCACCGCACUUGUAUUAAGCUAUCCAUCAGAUAAAGAAAAAAUUUGUUCAAAAAAAGAUAAUGCCAUAGACCCGGAUUAUUUAACGAAAGAGUGUAUGGACCAAUUGAAUAGUGUUGAUAGUUGUAUGGAGGCUUGCAAAGAGGAAUGCUUGAGGAAGAUGUUUUUGGCUAACGUGCGUGAAAUUCACUUGCCGAAAAAUAUGGAACUAAAUAGCAACUCCAAGCGAAACCCCCGUCCAAUUUAUGUUGACGUAGAUGUAGAUGACGACGAAAUUCUACGUUAUGUAUUUAGUCCCAAAUAUCAGGAAACAUAA